CGAGCGCAGCAUUUAUUUGUGGGGAGUCUUGCAGAAGUCACCGCAUGAGCUGCCAACUUCACCACUGAGACACAACCUCAGCAGAUGAGGCUUCUGCUUUCCAGCAAUCGUUGCUGCCCGGUGUGGGACAUGACAUGUGCAGCGUGGCCUGCAGAGGAAUUCUACAGGGCGACUAACACCCCCUCCAUCACCACACUGCGCGUCUGCCUCCUGGCGCUCUAAACCGAUCAUCGGUGGAAGUCCCGAGCCGCAGCAGCCCAACCGUGCCAUCCAUCCACCAUACCUCCAGAGUGUGGUCAGGCUGGCCGGCUGCUGCACAGGCACCAUGGAGCAGAAAUCACCCAAGGAUGAGGGCACCGGCAAGGGACAGGAGUCCUACCAGCGGAGGAUUUGGAAGAAUUUCCAGGGGAAAACCAAACCCUGGCUGAGUCCGAAAGUGGGCUCGGAGCGUCGCGGCGCAGGGGGCGCGGAGGGCAGCAAGAAGGAAUCGGGGCUGUGGAUGUUCAAGAGGAAAAAGAAACAGUUCGACCGGGUGUUCUCGUCGUCGCAGCCCAACCUGUCCAGUUCUCCGCCGGCCUCUUUCGAAGGGGAUACGAGGUCCGGUGGCGGCGACGCGGUCCCCGGCACCAGCGCGGACGGACGACCCCUGCUGCAUCCCCUUGGCGCAGCCUCUGGAGCCACGGGGAGCAAGCCGGAGCUGACGACGCACGGGAGCCCCCAGCUCGCCGUGUCCCAGCUCAUCACGCACCAGCAGAAGAGCUCCUCUCUGGGCUCGGCGUGCUUCGAGACACUGGUGGUGGAUCCGGCCGCGGAGCUGGGAGAGAAGAAGGAGCAGCUGCGUAAAGACGCGAGCGAUUCCGGCAUCAGCAUAGUGGGGCCCAGUAAUGCAGAACCCCCGCCUCGUCCUCCAAGUCCAGCCAUGUACCAGGUGGAUAUCGUCCUGAAGAAAGGGAACAACCUGGCCAUCCGAGAUCGGACAGGGACCAGUGACCCGUAUGUGAAGUUCAAGAUCGCAGGGAAAGAGGUGUUCAGGAGUAAAACCAUCCACAAGAACCUGAACCCGGUGUGGGACGAGCGAUUUACCCUACACGUGGAAACCCUGAAGGACCCGCUCUAUGUCAAGGUUUUUGACUAUGACUUUGGAUUCCAGGAUGAUUUCAUGGGCUCAGCGUAUCUCCACCUGGAGUCACUGGAACAUCAGAGGACCCAGGAUGUGACGCUGGACCUGAAGGACCCACAGUUCCCUGAACACAACCUGGGCAUCCUGGAUCUUUCUGUCACUCUGUCACCGAAGGAGGGAGACAUCAGGGACGCUACCAUGCUUUUGAGAAGGAACUGGAAACGAUCUAGUAAGUAUCAGAGUAUGCGUCUGUCAGAUGUGCACAGAAAAUCCCAGCUGUGGCGAGGUAUAGUCAGCAUCAGUCUGAUAGAAGGUCGCGGCCUGCAGCCCAUGGACGCCAACGGCCUCAGUGACCCUUACGUCAAAUUCAGGAUGGGGCACCAGAAGUACAAGAGCAAGACAAUUCCCAAAACGCUGAACCCCCAGUGGAGGGAGCAGUUUGAUUUCCACCUGUAUGAGGAGCAGGGAGGUUUUGUAGACAUCACAGUGUGGGACAAAGAUGCUGGCAAGAAGGAUGACUUCAUGGGAAGGUGUACCAUUGACCUGUCGCAGCUCAGUAAAGAGCAGACACACAAGCUGGACCUGCCGCUGGAGGAAAACGAAGGCGUGAUGGUGCUACUGGUUACACUCACUGCCUCUGCUGCCGUUUCCAUCUCAGACCUGUCAAUCAACAUACUGGACGACCCGAACGAGAGACACCAGAUCAUGCAGAGAUAUAGCCUGUGGAGGUCGCUGCACAACCUGAAAGAUGUCGGCGUGGUGCAGGUAAAGGUCAUCAGGGCGGAGGGACUGAUGGCGGCAGAUGUCACAGGUAAGAGUGACCCGUUCUGUGUGGUGGAGCUGAGUAACGAUCGGCUGCAGACUCACACCGUCUACAAAAACCUCAACCCAGAGUGGAACAAGGUCUUCACUUUUAACGUGAAGGACGUCCACUCGGUACUCGAGGUCAGCGUUUACGACGAGGACCGAGACAGAAGUGCCGAUUUCCUGGGGAAAGUGGCUAUUCCUCUGCUAAAUAUCCAAAAUGGAGAACGCAAAGCCUACGCCUUGAAAAGCAAGGAGCUGACAGGGCCAACAAAAGGGGUCAUCUUUCUCGAAAUAGACGUGAUAUUUAAUGCUGUGAAGGCUGGUCUCAGGACGCUGAUCCCCAUCGAGCAGAAGUACAUCGAGGAGGAGCCCAGAGUGUCCAAACAGCUGCUGUUACGCAACUUUAACAGAGUCAGACGCUGCAUCAUGUUCCUCAUCAAUACUGGCUGCUACAUCAACAGCUGCUUCGAAUGGGACUCACCACAGAGGAGCAUCUGUGCUUUCUUGCUUUUCGUCAUCCUGGUUUGGAACUUCGAGCUCUACAUGAUCCCACUGGCGUUGAUGCUGCCGUUGGCCUGGAACUACAUCCUCAUCGCGUCGGGGAAGGACACCAGGCAAGAUGUGCAAGCGAUGGAGGACCUGCUGGACGACGAGGAUGAGGAUUUUGACAAAGAUGACAAGGACCCUAAACCAGGCCCCUGGGAGGAUGGCUGUGAUAAAAACCAUAUCCUCGAGGAUAUGUUGGCUUCCUGGCACUUUGAGUGGAUACGAACGAUGGUGGACUCGGAGAGAAAGGGCUUCAUGAACAAGAUUUAUGCCAUUCAGGACGUGUGCAUCAGCGUGCAGAAUGCGCUGGAUGAAGUGGCCUCCUAUGGCGAGAGGAUAAAGAACACAUUUAACUGGACUGUGCCUUUCUUAAGCUGGCUGGCCAUUGUGGCUCUCGGAUUGGCCACCACCAUCGUCUACUUCAUCCCUCUACGAUACAUCGUGUUGGCCUGGGGGGUGAACAAAUUCACCAAGAAGCUGCGAGACCCUUACACCAUUGACAACAACGAGCUGCUGGACUUUCUGUCCCGAAUGCCCUCAGAUGUACAAGUGGUGCAGUACCGAGAGCUGAAACUGGAUCCCAGUCCCAGUCCAAAUAAAAGGAAGAAAAACAACCCCGGGUAGAUGACUGUUUCCGCCCACCGACUCGUCUCUCCUCCACUUUUCUUCUCUCUGUCUAUGACCGGACGCCGAGGAGCAGAGGAAGGCGGCUCUGGACGCGCUCCCCUCCUCUUUUUCUUAUCUCCCAUUUUCUUCUCCUAACCCAUUUUUCUGCCCGUAAUUACUCACCAUGUACAGUGCAGUUUCUCGAUGUGUAAUUUUUGUAUAAAACAAGACGAGACACCCCGUUGACUUGUUAUCACCAUUAUGCUUUUGAUUGAUUUUAAAGGCGAGCGGGAACGAUGGCUGGAAUGAUCUUUUUAUCAGCCGUGUGAGCCGCGCUCCUCGUUCUCCUCUCUCCAUCACCCUGACAGCGCGGUGAACUCUAUCUAUUCUCCUGCCACAAGUGUCAAACAAUGAGUACAAUGAGUUUCAACAUUUAUACUCACCUUUCCAAAGACAUAUUCAGAGCGUCCAAGUUUAUCAAAAAGACAAGCCUUAUAACAGUACUCUGCAUCGUCACUCUGCGAAGGACUUUCAUUUAUUUUUCUCUCACGCUGUAUUUAUUAAAAUGACUCUGGUAAUAUGUUUAUAUUUUCUAAUUGUUUUUGUACUGAAGUAUCUUUUGUUUUCUGCCCCUCUUGGACGUGCUAAUGAUAUUAUGUUCACUGGCAGUAAUUUGGAUUGCGUGCACUUAACUCAGCCAGCCAAGUUGAUUAGCAAUUAUGGCGGUAGCCUCCAGAUAUGUCCUUCUACACAAACACACAGCUGCACCGAUAAGCUGACGGCUCAUGCUGGUAUCUCUCUGUGUUGAGCAAUGGCCAAACGAUUUUUUUUCUUUUUCAAAUUCGUAAUAUGUGGUUAUUUUUUGUUUAAAGACGUUUAUGUGUUGAAGAAAUACAUGUAUAUACAGAGGUUAGCAUUCUAAGCAGCUAGCGUGAUAGUGAGUCACUGCAUCUUCCAGUCGGCCCUCAGUCGAACGUGAGAGGAUGAAGAAGUUACUGCGAGUCGACUCUGAGCUUGUGAUGGCGCCCUCAGCCUUCCUCUAAAUCCGUGUCUCGGUUCAGGGGCUGUAUCCCUAGGGGGUACACGGUCUCUGAGGGGUGCAUAGACCUGGUUGAAGGCCGAACCAGAAUAAGACAAGAACGUUUUAAAGUUGAGAUGAAGCGUAAUGCGAACCAAGUGUUGGAUGUCUUGAAUCCUGGGAUAGGUCUGCCCCGGAGCCUUAGUUUCUCCGGUCUCGUCACAUCGCUGUGACGCCAUCGCCUCUGAAGGAUGCGGCUCCUGAAUUGAGAUCAUCUUAUUUCCGAACACUGAGCUCUUUAUGCUGCUGCUCGCUCUGCCUCCCCUCUUCCUCCAUGUCCAUGACCCCUCGCUGCUCAUCCUCCACUUAUGACAUCACCACAUCCUCCCCGUCCCGCUGACUCAAGCCUGCUCAGCGUAAUGUGAGGGUUGGUACUUUGCAAGUGGCCAGUGAGCCCCGACUAGGAACACACACACACACACACACACACAACCUGCACACUUCAGAUGACGGGUACAUUGAGAGAACCAUUAAAGCCUUUAUGGAUUUUUUUAAGGAUCAACAGAACCUCAGCUGAUGAGGUUGUUAUCCAAAUAUUCCCAAUGGCCGGUCCGAUUAUGGUGCACAUAUCUACUAAAGAUUCCCACUUUAAAGACAUUAAUGAUACAAGAAAAAGUCAAAGCACACUGGAUAGUGAUAUCAGUUUUGAAUACAGAGAGUCUGUAUUUCUAUUUUAAAAUAGAUUGUGAUAAUAUAAUCACUAUUUAAUCGUACCCAAACACUUUCAAGUAUUAGACAGUUGCUGAUAUGCCCUGAACUCUAAUCAGUGGUAAAUGUCCAGACAACUUAGCCGUGCUUAACCCCCGAAAAACAUGUCACAACCUCCGUCCGUCAGUCAGUCCGGGCUCCACGCUCUCUGUCUGACAGGAGGAGCAGCAGACCCGGCCUUCUGCUGCCUAACUGGUGUUAAUAUAGAUGUCACCCAGUCCAUGCAGAGUGUCGCCAGGCAGGCAGGCCUUCAGGCAGCCGCAGCCCUAAUCUGGUUUGAAAGGCUGGUCCCCUUUCCUCUCAUGUCUCGUGUGUACAUGUGUGUGCAUGUGUGGGAAUCGCACGCCUCGGCAACCACACACAACAGCUUUCGCACUCGCACAAGCACACAAACCUCUCACGUGAAUAAACUGCUCGCCUGCAGAUACCGCACCUACUUGCUUGCAGAUGAAAACAACAUCCCAUUUGAGUACACACUCUCUCACACACACACACACACAAACACACACACACACACACACACACACACACACACACGCUCUCUGUGAUGCUGUGCCCCAGGCUGGCUGCCCUCUCCAUCUGCCCCACCUCCUGUGCCCACAGCUCAACUUUGAUCCGCCUUCCCAGAGACACCGGCGUGUGUGUGUGAACUGUGCGAGAGUUUGCGUAUACACGUUUAUGCAAUCAAAGACAUGUUGCUUUUUCUCAGCGUCGGAAUGUGUUGCAAUUGUAUCUACCCUCCAGCUGUAGACUGAUGCUUAGAUUCAGUCUGUGUUUGUGUGUCUGUGUGUGUGUGUGUGUGAGUAUGCAGUAGAAGUGCCAGCUGUUAUUUGGUGUUCUGGUGCAGAGGGCCGUCAGCUAGAUGAGCAGCAAGUCGCUGUGUGACAAGACGAGGCUCUGAGGGGACUUAGGCCUGAGAUGUCAGGAAUGGAGGGAUAUGUGUGUGUGCGCGUGUGUGUGUGUGUUUUAUGCUAUUUUAGAUCUUUUUUUCCCAUCAUGCCCCUCUCUCCGUUUGCUCUCUGCGGUUCCCUCAUUCGUCAGUGAGCGGGGGUUGCGACCCUGUCUGAAGGGACGGUCUCCUGGGCUUCUCGUCGAGCAUCUGUUGAAAGAUCACAGCUCAGGCUACAUUUGAGGAGGUCUCCUCUCAUCCCACCGAUCCCAGCCCCCCCCACCCGCCUCCGCACGUCUCUCUGUUCCCUUCUUACCCCCUUUUGUCUGUGCGCUCGUCUGCCUCCCCGUCUAUCUUUAUCACCCUGAAGCCCCUUAGCAGCGACUGGAGCUCUCCACUGCCAUUUUGUCAUCCUCUCGCCCUGCCUGUCUGCCUGCCGUCACCUCUCCCGCUCGCCCCCCCCCCCCCUCCCGCUCCACCCAUCCAUCUCCAUGCUUAAAUACCAACGGGCGCGGGAUCUGUCACUCCAGAGGGCCAUUGAUUUUGUUUUGUUGUUUUGAGGAAUCCACUUGAAAGACAGUAACAGACCGUCCCCCCCCCCCCCCCCGUGAGCGAGCGUCGCAGACUGAUUACAGCCUCCUCAACAAACACACUCUUUGCUUGGUGAAGGAUGGCUUUUCAUAAUGCCGGAAGGGACCGUCUGAAUACCUGAUAUGUGUGUGUCUACUACGGUGUGCGGUUAUUUUACAGCAAAUUGUGGCGUCUGUUGUGUGGUAUUGCAUCCAAAUACUUUGGUGUGUUUAUUUAUGAUUUGGUUUUGGCUGUUUGCAACCAAGCCAAAGUGUUUUUUUUAUUUCAUAUGUUGAAGAGAAAAUAAAUGAUAUCAAGGAAUGUUUCAGACUGACAGAUGCAAAGGGAAAAAAAAAGCACUUUUAUUUGCACCAGGUUGAAAAUGAGACUAUUUUUAGUCCUUAUUAUUUUAUGGUUGUAUUUUAUACAGUAUGCCUGUGAAUGGUCUGGUGAUGUUGUAAAGUAGGUGUACGCCUGCAAUAUUUUCUAAGGUCUGUCUUGUUUUUUGUUUCUUCUGCCUGCAAUGUUGCCUGCCUGUGACAUCAUUUUCAUGUGCUCAGUUCUGACCAAUGACACUUCAGGGCGGGAACGUGGCGGGAGCUGAGACGAGGGGGAGGUCAGGAACGGCGAAAAGAAAAUCUGUAUAUUUCUGGUUUGAAAAAAUGAUAUGCAUCUGAUGUGUGUUGCUUAUUUUGAAAAGAAAAGGAAAAAUCAAAUAUGAGAUUAAAUAUUUUUUAUCAACUUCA